AUGGAACCCCGCAAAACCCCUCCGGAGUACUUUCUGGAGAUCUUUGCAGAUACCACGACCGUCCGAGACGUGCUGAAAGGUGUCCUGAACUUGAUCUUCUUUCAUCGUUAUUUCCCAUCAAUCCGACCGACUACCUUUGAUGUCUUAGAUUUCACCCUCCCGGCGAUCAACGAUGUGGACCUGGAGACUUUGAUUGAAUCCCGGAUCAGCUCCUUAGUUCGCCAACACUCCUCCUCUUCCUCAUCCUCCGCUAGCGCCAACGAAGGCGCCGGUGGAGUACGUGGUCGGAUCGCGGUGGAAUUCUAUGAGAAAAAGCGCAGGCGCUCGGGGAUGUGGUUUGGUGGGCUUGCAGGCAAGGGUGAAGAAGAGGUCUGCUGGGAAGUGUGGAAUCUAGACGUGACCAUUGCCACUCCACGGACAGAAUCCGAACGCGCCAAGGUACGCAAGGCAAUGGAGAAUAUGCUCCAGAAAGCCGCGCUGAAGAUCCUCGCCGUGGUCAAUCGGGACAAAGACCAUAUCCCCCCCAUCACCACCAGUGAUUCCAAUCCAUUCCCCUAUCGCAUCGUGCUGAAUCCCCGUACGGAUGGGUGGCAAAAUGGCUUUGGUUUGUAUUAA